AUGGCCUUAGGUACCCUUUUCCACAGGAAGCAUAAACUGAAGCUGGAACUUCCGCCAGCUGUAUCAGCUCCAGUUCCACCACCACAUAGCAUCCUUUCCAAGCUUGUCCAACCUUCGCCCCAACUUGUGGCUCCUCGUGCACCUUCGGAAUCCUCCGUCAAUGAAUGUCCUAAAAAGUCUAAAAGUCAGCGUUUCCUUUCCAAAUACCUACACAUAUCAUCUUCCAGUAGAAACAUCCGUGUGGUAGACAUCCACUCUGAAAAUUCGGCUUCCAACUUACUACAAGGAGUUUCACCGCCUUUGGAUGAGAUGCUGAUUGCUAUGCACGAUAAACAAUUUCUGUUUGACCACUCACACCCAACCAACAAAUUAGCUGACACCCUGGAAGGUGAUAGUCUCCUCAACCACUACCACCGCUCAAGCGCUAAAGCAUCGGUGUCUCCUGUGAUAUCCCCAGUCAAAUCUUCUCAUUCGCUCACCUCCAAUAUCUUACAGGACUUGUCUUCCAUUAACAUACAAUUGCCUCAUGUAGGGGAAGAGCCGUUGUUGAAUACUAAACUCAACCGUGAAGAAGGGUCCCCUGUAGACGUACCGUUUGAUAUUCCAAUCCGCUAUAAAAAAAUUUCUGCUAAUAAGGUUAACCUUCUAUCACGAGCUGAGAAAUCUCAUAUACUACAAGCACAAGAUCUGUCCUCGCCCCAGGUGAAGUCCCUCGCCUCGGUGCGAGUGGCGUCGCCCCGGCUUAUGCGAUCAGACUCUAACCUCAACCAGAUCUCAACAACCGUGUCGUUUGAUGAUGACGAUGAUAUCAGCCACAGCACCUCCAGAAGGAACUCGGUGAACAGGUCUACGGAUGAGCUGAACGAUAAUGAUAAAUCAUAUACUGAGUUUGAGACCAUUAAAGAUGUGAAUUAUCAGGUGAUAAAGAAUUACAUGACAAGCUCCAAUGUCAAGAUUGUCAGCCCUGUGCGUUCAGUGCAGUCACAUCAUUAUGGAGAUGAAAACAUUGGAGAUUCUGCAAAAACAAUCCCCAUUAAUGAUGAUAUCGAAGAUAUGGACUCCAAAAUAAAAGAGCUUCUGAAGCCUUUGAAUAUACCGAAGGUCGACUUUUCCAAGGUUGAUUCUCCGGAUGAUGCAGGAAUCAACUCUAGAAAUUAUUACACUCCCCCUAGCCCACCUUCAAUGACUUCUAAAGAUGAGGUCUACAGAAGCGAAAUGUUGUCUUUGAUUGAAACUCAUGUUCUCAUGGUUCACAAAAAACAAGAGGAAAUCGACCAUUUGAAGGAGUUGUUGCUUCGGGAACGUAAGUUGAACGCCUACUUCGUGUCUCCUCAGCUGAGGGAAAACUCUCCAUCAUUCCCAGGAACUCCAAAGUUUGGAAGGUUCAAUUCAUCUCCCAAAGCCGCGCUUUCACCUUCAUCAGUCGACGAUUCAAAGAAGAUAAGAAAGCAAUUUAUUCCUCUUAAUAUCACUGUUACAAGUGAACCCAAGCCCAAUAACUAUUAUCCCUUGAAAAGAAAUAGAGAUCAUCUUCUUCCUCCUUUCGAUUUAUCAAAUAAUAUCCACGAGAAUAAUGGACAGCUUGCUGCUAAUCAAGAUAAUCACGAAUUUAAUUUAAAACCGUUCCACAAAUUCAAAGUGGCAAGUCCAAGCAUGUCUGAUGGAAUACAUUAUAUGCCUACAUUUGCAGAGGAUACAUUAGAAACAUUAAGACCGGGAAGCUCUCGUGCCAGUGUUGCUUUAGAAGGUUUGCAGCUUAUUAAUUCUAAUGUCCCACGUUCCUCAAUAGCUUCCUCGCGUUCAUCUGCUUAUUUCACUGCAAUGCUGAGUUUCUGUGAAGACUCUGGCGACCAAGAUGAACUUGACAAUGACAGCGUAUUGUCACACGAACAAUAUGAAGGAUAUCCUUCAUUCGGUUUAACUCCAAACUUUAUUUCGAAAUUAGAAAGAAGAGAAGUAAGCGGAUCCACCACCCUUUCUUCUGCCAUGAGCAGACACACAAAUACUACCAAUGACUCAAUUACCAACAACACUUCUAUUUCCACUGCCAUCACAACUCCUGACUCAAUGGAGUUUAAUAUUGAUCCCAAGUAA